AUGAUCACCCGGCUAUCCCAGCAAGCUGCGAGAAGCUGGCUUUCACGGAGAGGCCCAUCAGCUUUGCGAAAAUCCUAUUCAAGCUCUUCUGGUAACAGCCAAACCAGAUUUACAUACGCUCUGAAAGCGGAUGAAAAAAUCAACUAUGGAGAGCUCUUCGAGAAACUGAGAGGCAAAAAAAUCCUGGAAAAUGACGACGGCCACAACGCCGCAGUGCUCCUCGCAACGCCCAGCUUUGCCAAAGACCUAGAAAAUUUAAAUAUCAUGGGAGAUUUUGCCAGACUGAUGGCUGGUUCCGCGGAGGUGGGGAGAUUCCAUGUGUUAAGCGCAGUGGUCGACCAUCUGGCAGCCCCGAUAGGCUCGCUGAGGCCUCGCCAGGGAAUAUCAGUCUUACGAGGCCAUUUGGAUGAGAUGUUGCCGCAUCUGUGGCAGCAACAUCUUCCAAAGUCCAAAGACGACGCAGAUUCAGUGUCCGCUCUCACAUUUAGCCUGGGAGAUCCCGCGUUGACGUUGCCGCUGGCCAGAACUACAUUCCACAACAACAGAGCAUCUACACUUUUGUUAUCCGAGUUUGACUUGACUCAAAGUCCUGCCCAACUUGCCCGCCAAACGGAAAAGCACACACAAUUUGUGAAAGUCUCACUAGACGAUGACCUCAAAUCAUUAGCCCAUCUAGACAUGUGGACGCCCCUGAUGCCGUUGACGCAGCCCCGAACCGUGACUGAGAGUUUCGGUAACAUCAUUCGAGGAAUUGAAGUUGACGGAACCACUAUUCCCGCAUCUACUGAGCUGGAAGACAUCGUAAAUGCUCUUCAUAAACAGGAUGCCCAGUCUGGAGUCUUAUCUGGGCCAGUUGGAGUCUGGGCAAUGGUCACUCCCAACCCAGAGACGUCAGGCGCAUUGGAAGAAUGGCUCGAAGAAGCCCCCGAGCCAAUUUCGGCCCUACCAGAUGUUGAAGACAUUAGAGAUACUGUGAAAGCCACCGCCCAGCAUCUCAAGCUGCUUUAUAGUCAUGGCGGCCGCCUGUACAAGAUUUUGAGCGGCGGCGGCGGCUGGGGAGCCAAGAAGGGAUUAUUAUCCCUUGACCCUCAACGAACGCAUUUUUCCCUGUCAGAAGAGGAAGAGAUGCAGAACUUUAUACAGUCAAUGAACGGCGGUGGCUUCACUCCUGAGGGCUCACAGAUCCAGUUCUUCAUGUCCGCACUGGCCCUUCCAGACAUUACGGAACCCUUUGCUCCUGGCGUUGCGUUUGGCGUUGCUGGAGAUGUUGCGAUUCCCAGAGAGCCUGAGCCAAUUGAUGGCUUCAUCGGACAGCAUUUUGGGGCUCUUUCGAACUCGGCCGUCUAUCUCUCUGGCCAGGGCCUGCCCGGCGGUAAAGAAACAAAGCUCAGUGUGCCGCAUUCACGGGUAUAUGGGAGGGAACCCGAGGCGAAGAUGGGUGUUUUGGGAAACUUGACCUAUGGAUUGGCGGAUGUCGGAACAAUCGUGUUGGCAGGACUGAGGCACUAA